AGCAUAAGUGGCGUACUCGCCAGCAAGUUAUUUUAAGCGGGAAAAUUGUAUCGAAUAGGCUAAUUAAAGACAGUUGAUCUUCGCACUCAGAAAAAAGACAACAGCGUGCAACAAAUGGAUCCCUAUCAUGUGGAGGGAGAGUACAGACCCGUCGACCACCGAGGAGGAUCUACGGCCAGCAAUAGCGGAGAGUCCCAAGGCGGCGACUCGGUGUUAUCCACCCACAGCCCGACUCCACCCCCGUUCAGCCCAUGGCAAGGAAUGAGAUCGCCCGAAGGACCCGCUAGUCUUAAUCCACCGGACAACGCCGACUCCGUGUCGACCGAGGUUCGGUCUCCAGACGUCAGCAUGGUCGUCAGCGGAGACGUGCCGGAAGUAUUUGAGCCCCUACCCGGAGACGACGAGGAGGAGGAGCCAACCACCCCCACGAUUGCACGCCUGGCCCGGCUACAGGUGGACGACGAGGACGAGCCCGGGGCAUCGACCACCCACAUCCUGGUGGGCGCAUGGCUGCAAGGUCAGGACCAUCACGCCUUCGCUCCUGGACACCUGCAACGAUGCCUCUGGGAGGCCCACCGGAGUUCCCCAGCGAGCCCAACGUCCACCGACGACUCGGACGUCGGAGUCGACGGGCGAUUUUGGAGGGACCGCCCGCAAGCCCAGGUCGAGCGCGCCAUAGCCGAGGCGAACCGGGCCUGGGACGGCUACGCUGGCGACGUCGCACCAGCUCCGGAGGGAUCCGAGCCUGAGAGUGGCCUCUGCUCCAGCCAGGGGGACAGCGACGACGAGGGAGAGGAUGUGCUGUACAUCCACGCAAGGGAGGUCGGCCCCGACUUGGCCGUACCCGAGGAGCACGUUCCCGCUAUAGCCGAGAACCCGCAGGACCAAACUCCACCCGGAACUCUAGCACGCUCCAACCCCCCGUCCACACCGAGACGCUGCCAAACGGAGUCCCCGCGGACCCCCACCAACGCGGUACGUCCGCGCCUGGAGCUGUCGUCGCCCGCGCUGUCACCCGGCCUCGUACCCUCUCAGCGGGAAGCACCACCCACACCCGGCCGAUCCAUCCCCCAUUCGGUCAUGGACCUGUUCCUAAGACCCUCGACGCAGGCGCCGUCCCAAAGCGGAGACGAGGAGCUGGACCUGCAGCUGUUCCUCACCGGCGGAGAGCAACAUGAGGUGCUUCAGGCUCUCCAGGAGGACCCAGCAGAGGACCCAGUCAGGGGUGACGCCCACUGGAUCGAGGCCCCAGCGGACUGGAGGGUAGACACUCCGGAUCACCGUCUGCCCCCCAUCCUCGUCGCGUCCAUUCAGGCCCAGGAUCGCCGACGCGUUCGGUAUCUACGCCACUUCGACGGGGCCAAAUUCCGAGGCAGCGUGACCGCACGAGGCGAAGUCUCCGUGACCCUCCGCCCGUCUCAAUAACCACACCGAAGUAAAGGGGGGGUGUGAGGACGCUUAAAGGCGCCUCUCAAAACUUAUAUAAUCUCAGCCCUUGGAGGCCAAAACUUAUAUAAUCUCAGCCCUUGGAGGCCAAAAAACUUAUAUAAUCUCAGCCAUUGGAGGCCAAAAACUUAAGUCACAGCCACUGAAGGACUGACUAGUUAUUAAGUCUCUAAAAUAUAUAUAUUUAAGUCUAAAAACCUAAGUAAUCCUAGUUUUCAAAUAAGCGCGCGCGAGGGCACCAGUAUUGAUCAGCAGGAUCAGUCCGCUGGCCAGUCGGGGCGAAUGGCCAACAGUAUCGAUGAGUUAUCGCAAAUCACCCGUGAAUA